GAUAAUUCAGUAUGGGCUGGUAUGGGAAAGGGUAAGCGAAGGAUGAAAUUUCUCGGAAAUUUGAUAAUCUUCCAUUUAGAUCAUUUUAGUGCUCUCAACAAGUCUAUAUCGAACCGGUGCUUACUUUUCUGCUUUUAAAAUUUUGUAAAUAUCACGUUUGUUUCUACAACAUUUUAGGCAACAUCUAAAUUAAAAAUUACCUUUUAAUUGUCAAUAUAAGUGUCAUACAAUAUUGUUAAAAUGAGUAAUCAAAAGACAGUGCCAACUUCAAUAAACUUCCUUUUUGGGGGAACAGCAGGAAUGGCUGCAACAUGUGUUGUUCAACCAUUAGAUUUAAUAAAAAAUCGAAUGCAACUAAGUGGUACUAAGACAUCAACGAUAAAUGUAAUAUCUUCAAUCUUAAAAAAUGAAGGUGCUGUAGCUUUAUAUGCAGGCUUAUCUGCUGGUUUAUUGCGUCAAGCUUCAUAUACAACUACAAGACUUGGUACAUAUGAAUGGCUGUCACAAUUAAUUUCAAAAGACAGCCAACCAAAUUUUAUAAUGAAAGUAUUGAUAGGUUGUACUGCUGGUUGUGUAGCAGCAUUUGUCGGUACUCCAGCUGAAAUUGCUUUAAUUAGAAUGACUGCCGAUGGUAGACUACCUAUUGCUGAGAGACGCAAUUAUAAAAAUGCAUUUAAUGCAUUAGUUCGAAUAGUCAAAGAGGAGGGAUUUUUAGCAUUGUGGAGAGGUACUGUUCCAACAAUGGGAAGGGCUAUGGUUGUAAAUGCAGCUCAAUUGGCAUCAUAUUCUCAAUCUAAAGAAAUGUUACUUAACACUGGAUAUUUUGAAAACAAUAUUACACUACAUUUUGUAAGUUCUAUGAUAUCAGGUUUAGUAACUACCACUGCCUCUAUGCCAGUUGAUAUUGCUAAAACAAGGAUUCAAAAUAUGAAAAUUGUGGAUGGUAAACCAGAAUUUAAAGGUGCAGUAGAUGUUAUAAUUCAGGUGUGCCGAAAUGAAGGAAUAUUUUCAUUGUGGAAAGGUUUCUUUCCUUAUUAUGCUCGUCUAGGUCCACAUACUGUCUUGACAUUUGUUUUUGUAGAACAAAUGCGUGAUUUUUACAGAACAUAUGGUGCACUUUAAUACACAAGCAUGCAGUGAAUUAUCAAACUGUCUAAGCAGCAUUUUUUCCCUUGUUUCGUUUUAUAUUUAACCUUUUUCAAGUUAUAUGCUUAGACUGAAUGUUCACUCUUUCAAUAUAGCUUUUGUUUGUGUAUUAAUAUUUGAUAGAUAUUAUACAUGUAUCUCGUACAUAAUGCACGCACAAUAAUUAUUAAUUUUAUAUUUUAAAUGUUGAAUACCUUGAUAACUCAUGCAAACCUCAGCUUAAAGUCCAUCAAAGAUUAGGUUACAGUACAUACAUACGUAACAAAUCAUACACCUGUUUACGUCGAUAAAUAAAUCUUCUUAUUACUUUACGAAAACAAUACAUUCUACUAACAUUCUUGGCAGAUAAAGUAUCGUUUUGUAUGAUUUUUAUUUUUUUAAUUGUUAUUAUUAUAAAAACUGUAUAUUUUAUGAUUUUAUAUCUACACAUAUGUAUAAAAACUUAAUAUUACAAAAUUAUAAAUUAUUUGUCUACAAUAAAUAUCAUUUCAUAAAAUUUGAAACUACGAAUGAGACAUUGGGAUGUAUAAAUAUUAAGUAACGAGUAUAUAGUUACUAUCAGUUUUACAUGUAUAUAUAUAUACUACUUAAAUUGUAUAUAUAAUUGUUUAAUAAACAAAAAAUGUUA